UCAGAGUUGCAGCAGGCCCUGCGCCGCCGCACCCCGCGUCCCACACCCCGCCGCUCCUCACAGCCCUGCGCUCCGGGAAACUGCAGGUGGCCGGCAGUGGCCAGGGGAUGGCGGGGGCGCUUCUGGAACCUGACUCAGUUCUGUAGAUUCCUUAUCUCGGUUGUUUACCGCGGGCUUUGCGGAAAGCCCCCGCUUCCGCUUCCGCCCGGCUCCGAACCCCCGAAACCCCGAACCCCUUCUACCCGCAACUCCGCCCCGGAUUCCCAGAAAGGGGCCACCUGGGCCACAGCGGUACAAGCUGCACCCCGAUGGACAGGAAGUAACCCUUGGCCAACUCUGGCCGCCCCCUGCAGCCGCAGCCCCAGAGGCCCCCCCGCGAGCUUCAGUGACGGGUCCUCAGCGUCGUGUAAACUUUGCUUAAAAUGAUCUUGAGAGUUCAAUUCUUGGGGUGAACUGUUAAGAAGAUCUGGCAUUUUUCCUUUCGAAAGUUGUUGGGAACGUGGACUUUCCCAACAAUUGUGUGUGCGCUCGAUCUCACUCAGUGGGAGCCUCCGCCCUGGAGGGAAUUUCACAAUAGCCUGGUCAGGGCGGUUAUUUUCCAGAGCAGUUUAAUGUCUGUUUUGCCCAAGUGCAAGGAAAGCUUGCCUUGGAAAAGCUGGGAAUGCUUGACUGAUGAAAAGUUUUUAGAGCCUUUUGAAAUGAACCUGUUUCUGCCACUUUUCCACCGCUUCAAAAGGACUGGGAAAUGUAAAAUGGCUUCAAGAUGUUCUUGCUUGAGGGUGUCCGGAUUUGGACAGAAGGCCAUGUUCUUUUAAUAUUAACAGUGGCACGCAGUAGAACAAAGGCCACUGAAAUUCAGAAUCAGUUUUUGGCUCCACGGAGCAGGGAGUAAAUUCAAGGACGCCAGAGGUCUUGCGAAUAUUUUAAUUGGUUGACAUUUGAAAUUUGUUCUUAAGCAGUGAGGGGUGGAACCAGUAGGGGGAUAGCGUAUAGCAUAAGUAAAGCUUUUUGGACAUCAACAAACUGCGAUAAUCUAGAACAGACAGCGGGCUCUGGAAGGUUUGACCUGCUUUAGAGAGAGAUAUUUCAGAUAAGAGGAACGGAGUUUUUGGCACUUUUCGGUUUGGUGAUUCCCCUAAAUAACCUUACAAAAGUUUCGUUGAACAAAAAACCUGGCUCGAGCUCCAAGAUCUUUUUUUUUUUUUUUUUUUUUUUUUUGAGACAGCGUUUCACUCUUGUUGCCCAGGCUGGAAUGCAAUGGCACCAUCUCUGCUCACCGCAACCUCCGCCUCUCGGGUUCAAGCGAUUCUCGUGCCUCAGCCUCUCAAGUAGCUGAGAUUACAGGCAUGCACCACCACGCCCGGCUAAUUUUGUAUUUUUAAUAGAGACGGGGUUUCUCCAUGUUGGUCAGUCUGGUCUCGAACUCCUGACCUUAGGUGAUCCGCCCGCCUCGGCCUCCCAAAGUGCUGGGAUUACAGGCGUGAGCCACCGCGCCCGGCCCAACUCCAAGAUCUAAACAAAAAAGACUAGAUUGAAAGGGAGUUUUUAAUGUUUACUGUUUGCUUUACAUACAUUUUCUUGUUUUGUUAAUACUUGUUUUACUUACAGCUUUUGGGUCAAAUGUCCUCGUUAAAAUGGCUUUCUCUAGCGACUUUAUGUUUUACGUUUCUGUUUGUAACUGACAUUUGACCUUCUUUUAACACGGUAUUACUUGCCUCCUUAUACCGGUUUCCAAGGUGAAGCCAUUUGCAGGGUCGCUGGGUUUCCCCCUCCCCCUGAAAGUCUUGCGCGACCCGGGGUGGGCGGGAUAGCGUGCAGUUUUUUGAGCCUUGGGCUGGGGGCCUCCAGGAAGCUGAAGCGGAAAUUGCCUAGGCCCCUGGGGCAUUGGCGGUCCUACCGCAGCUCCUAGUAGGUGGUGGGGGCGCAGCGGCGGUCCCCACUCAGUCCUGGUGGGGCCGCACGUAACUGUCCUGAGCUAUGCAUAAGCCCUUUGACCACGCAUGGAGAAUUUUACCACCCAGAGACACGCGAGUGGCCCUGUGCAAGUUUCAACUGCGCGGGGGCGGGGAAUUCCGCAGACAGGAUUCGAGAAUUUAUGUCUUGUGUGGUAACAUUUCAGCCGGUGGGCGGCGGGGAUUAGGCGUGAAGCGGUUCAGCAGGCAGAGGUUCUCCGACGCCCUCCGGCGAAGCCACCUGUUGAUGCUUUUGACUUUCUGUCCUUGUUCCUCGUCCCAUCUGGAGCAUUUCCAAUUCUGGUUUUGCGGAGCAGCAGGUCUGAGCUUGUCCGGCGAGGGUGGGAGUUGGUCCCGGCGGAGAUCCAGUGGGAAGAGCCGGCGGCUGCCCGGGCAACACCCCCACUGGAAAGGAUUCUGAAAGAAAUGAAGUCAGACCUCAGAAAUGAAGUUGACUGCCUGCUGGCUUUCUGUUGACUGGCCCGGAGCUGUACUGCAAGACCCUUGUGAGCUUCCCUAGUCUAAGAAUAGGAUGUCUGCUGAGGUCAUCCAUCAGGUUGAAGAAGCACUUGACACAGAUGAGAAGGAGAUGCUGCUCUUUUUGUGCCGGGAUGUUGCUAUAGAUGUGGUUCCACCUAAUGUCAGGGACCUUCUGGAUAUUUUACGUGAAAGAGGUAAGCUGUCUGUCGGGGACUUGGCUGAACUGCUCUACAGAGUGAGGCGAUUUGAUCUGCUCAAACGUAUCUUGAAGAUGGACAGAAAAGCUGUGGAGACCCACCUGCUCAGGAACCCUCACCUUGUUUCGGACUAUAGAGUGCUGAUGGCAGAGAUUGGUGAGGAUUUGGAUAAAUCUGAUGUGUCCUCAUUAAUUUUCCUCAUGAAGGAUUACAUGGGCCGAGGCAAGAUAAGCAAGGAGAAGAGUUUCUUGGACCUUGUGGUUGAGUUGGAGAAACUAAAUCUGGUUGCCCCAGAUCAACUGGAUUUAUUAGAAAAAUGCCUAAAGAACAUCCACAGAAUAGACCUGAAGACAAAAAUCCAGAAGUACAAGCAGUCUGUUCAAGGAGCAGGAACAAGUUACAGGAAUGUUCUCCAAGCAGCAAUCCAAAAGAGUUUCAAGGAUCCUUCAAAUAACUUCAGGCUCCAUAAUGGGAGAAGUAAAGAACAAAGACUUAAGGAACAGCUUGGCACUCAACAACCGGUGAAGAAAUCCAUUCAGGAAUCAGAAGCUUUUUUGCCUCAGAGCGUACCUGAAGAGAGAUACAAGAUGAAGAGCAAGCCCCUAGGAAUCUGCCUGAUAAUCGAUUGCAUUGGCAAUGAGACAGAGCUUCUUCGAGACACCUUCACUUCCCUGGGCUAUGAAGUCCAGAAAUUCUUGCAUCUCAGUAUGCAUGGUAUAUCCCAGAUUCUUGGCCAAUUUGCCUGUAUGCCCGAGCACCGAGACUACGACAGCUUUGUGUGUGUCCUGGUGAGCCGAGGAGGCUCCCAGAGUGUGUAUGGUGUGGAUCAGACUCACUCAGGGCUCCCCCUGCAUCACAUCAGGAGGAUGUUCAUGGGAGAUUCAUGCCCUUAUCUAGCAGGGAAGCCGAAGAUAUUUUUUAUUCAGAACUAUGUGGUGUCAGAGGGCCAGCUGGAGGACAGCAGCCUCUUGGAGGUGGAUGGGCCAGCAAUGAAGAAUGUGGAAUUCAAGGCUCAGAAGCGAGGGCUGUGCACAGUUCACCGAGAAGCUGACUUCUUCUGGAGCCUGUGCACUGCGGAUGUGUCCCUGCUGGAGUGGUCCCACAGCUCACCGUCCUUGUACCUGCAGUGCCUCUCCCAGAAACUGAGACAAGAAAGAAAACGCCCACUCCUGGAUCUUCACAUUGAACUCAAUGGCUACAUGUAUGAUUGGAACAGCAGAGUUUCUGCCAAGGAGAAAUAUUAUGUCUGGCUGCAGCACACUCUGAGAAAGAAACUUAUCCUCUCCUACACAUAAGAAACCAAAAGUCUGGACGUAGUGGCUCACACCUGUAAUCCCAGCACUUUGGGAGGCCAAGGAGGGCAGAUCACUUCAGGUCAGGAGUUCGAGACCAGCCUGGCCAACAUGGUAAACGCUGUCCCUAGUAAAAAUACAAAAAUUAGCUGGGUGUGGGGGUGGGUACCUGUGUUCCCAGUUACUUGGGAGGCUGAGGUAGGAGGAUCUUUUGAACCCAGGAGUUCAGGGUCAUAGCAUGCUAUGUUUGUGCCUACGAAUGGCCAGUGCAUACCAACCUGGGCAAUAGAGCAAGACCCCAUCUCUUUAAAAAAAAAAAGACAGGAACUAUCUUACUCAAUGUAUUAGUCAUGUUUCUCUAGAGGGACAGAACUAGUAGGAUACAUGUAUAUAAAAAGAAGAGUUUAUUAAGGAGUAUUGACUCACAUGAUCACAAAGUUAGGUCCCACAAUAGGUCAUCUGCAAGCAAGGAAGCCAAUUCAAGUCCCAAAGCUGAAGAACUUGGAGUCCAAUGUUUGAGGGCAGGAAGCAUUCAGCAUGAGAGAAAGAUGGAGGCCAGAAGACUACACCAGUCUAGUCUUUCCAUGUUUUGCCUGCUUUUAUUCUGGCAGUGCUGGCAGCUAAUUAGAUGGUGCCCACCCAGAUUGAAGAUGGUCUGCCUUUCCCAGUCCACUGACUCAAAUGUUAAAUCUCCUUUGGCAGCACCCUCACAGAUGUACCCGGGAACACUUUGCAUCCUUCUAUUCAAUCAAGUUGAUAUGCAGUAUUAACCAUCACAGUCCAUUUGGGCAACUAUACCAAAUUACCAUAGACCAGGUGACUUAAACAGCAGUUAUUUCUCACAGUUCCGGAGGCUGGGAAAUCCAGCAUCUAAGUGGUAGCAUAUCUGGUGUCUGGUAAGGCAUGCUUCCAGAUCUUACCAGAUGUCAGUCUUUUCAUGUUCUCACAUGGCAGAGAAAGAGGAUGCAAACUCUGAAGUGUAUCUUCUUUAAGGUCACAAAUCCCAUUUAUGAGGGCUCUACUCUCAUGACCUAAUUACCUCCCAAAGGCCCCACCUUCUGAUACUGUCACACUGGGGAUACUGUCUCCCCUUUGAAUUCUAGGGGGGAUACAAACAUUCAGUUUGUAACAAUAGCCUUCUGAUUUAGAGGUUACUUGUUCGUUCAUCUAGACCUCAAAUUGCAUUUUACAGCUAAUCAAGCAUAUCUUUCUCUGAUUUGAUAGUGUGACCUAAAAGGGGACCAUUGUUUGAAAUAUCAUUAGAGUUUCUUACUAUUAUUAUUAUUAUUAUUGAGACAGAGUUUCAUUCUGCCGCCCAGGCUGGAGUGCAGUGGCAUGAUCUUGGCUCAUUGCAACCUCUGCCUUCUGGAUUCAAGCAAUUCUUCUGCCUCAGCCUCCCGAGUAGCUGGGAUUACAGGCUCCUGCCACCACACCUGGCUAAUUUUUGUGUUUUUAGUAGAGACAGGGUUUCACCAUGUUGGCAAGGGUGGUCUUGAACUCCUGACCUCAGGUGAUUCACCAGCCUCGGCCUCCCAAAGUGCUGGGAUUACAGGUGUGAGCCAUUGCACCUGGCCUAUUAUUAUUUUAAAAUCUUUUUUAAAUUGCUAAACAGGGGUACCUCUGGGCAGUAUGUCAGAAUACCACUUUUUAAAUGUUUUAUGAUUUAUUUAUUUUUCUAUUUCUUGAGGUUAGUUUUAACUGAUGUGUAUCUGUAUAUCUAUUUGUGUAUAUUUUGUCAUGAUCACGCAACAGAGGCUGAAAAGUGUGGAAGAGACAGUUUUCAGGAACAACAAGCAAUUAUUCCUACUUUCCAAGUUAUUUUGACGCCAUGGUGGCUCAUACCUAUAAUCUGAGUACUUUGGGAGGCUGAGGUGGACGGAUCACUUGAGCCCAGGAGUUCAAGACCAGCCUGGGCAACAUAGCAAGACUCCAUCUCUACAAAAAAAUACAGAAUUUAGCUGGGCAUGGUGGCGUGUUCCUGUAGUCCCAGCUACUUGGGAGGCUGAAGUGGGCGGAUCCCCUGAGCCCAGAGAGGUCAACGUUAUGGUGAGCUGUGAUCACACCACUGCACUUCAGCAUGGGAGAUAGAGUGAGACCCUCAGAAAAAAUAAAUAAAUAAAACCACCAGCACCACAAACAACAACAAAAAGUUAUUUUGUGCUUGUUUUGAGCACAGGACUCCUGAGGGUAUCUUUGCAUUUAAUAUUGCAUAGGGGUGCCAGUGGGAAGUAAUGUGUAUGCUUGGCCUCAUGAGUUAAAACCCUGUGUUAAUUAUGACAGAAGGAAAGUGUGUGAGAGGGAUCUUAACUACCUAGCAGCCCUAGCUGCCAUCUUGAACCAUGAAGAUAAGGGCCACACAUAGGGGUAGCUGGGUAGUGAGCAGCAAGAAGCCUUGUUGGAUAAGGGCAUGAAGGAACAGAAUCGCUGUAGAAUCACUGUGUCAGCCCUAAUUACCUACCUCUAGACUUUUAUGUGAGGGAAAAAAAUUGAGAGUUUAUAUUUAUCUCAACCUAGUUAACCCAAGUGAUGCAGUUAUGAGAUUAAAAUGUUUGGAGGCCGGGCGCAGUGGCUCACGCCUGUAAUCCCAGCACUUUGGGAGGCCAAGGCGGGCGGAUCAUGAGGUCAGGAGAUCAAGACCAUCCUGGCUAACAUGUGAAACCCUGUCUCUACUAAAAAUACAAAAAAUUAGCCAGGCGUUGUGGCGGGCGCCUGUAGUCCCAGCUAUUCGGGAGGCCGAGGCAGGAGAAUGGCAUGAACCUGGGAGGUGGAGCUUGCAGUGAGCUGAGAUCUUGCCCCUGCACUCCAGCCUGGGCAACAGUGCGAGACUCUGUCUCAAAAAUAAAUAAAUAAAUAAAUAAAUAAAAAAUAAAUAAAAUGUUUGGAAUGUUGGCUUCAUCCCUGGGAUGCAAGGCUGGUUCAACAUACGCAAAUCAAGAAACAUAAUUCAUCACAUAAACAGAACUAAAGACAAAAACCACAUGAUUAUCUCAAUAGAUACAGAAAAGGCCUUCAUAAAAUUCAACGUUGCUUCAUGUUAAAAACUCUCAAUAAAGUAGGUAUUGAUGGAAAACAUCUCAAAAUAAUAAGAACCAUUCAUGACAAACUCACAGCCAAUAUCAUACUGAAUGGGCAAAAGCUGGAAGCAUUCACCUUGAAAACUGGCACAAGACAGGGAUGCCCUCUCUCACCACUCCUAUUUAACAGAGUAUUGGAAGUUCUGGCGAAGAAAAUCAGGCAAGAGAAAGAAAUAAGGGGUAUUCAAAUAGGAAGAGAGGAAGUAAAACUGUCUGUUGGCAGAUGACAUGAUACUAUAUCUAGAAAACCCCAUUAUCUCAACCCAAAAGUUCCUUAAGCUGAUAAGCAACUUCAGCAAAGUCUCAGGAUACAAAAUGUGCAGAAAUCACAAGCAUUCUAUACACCAACAAUACACAAGCAGAGAGCCAAAUUAUGAAUGAACUCCCAUUCACAGUUGCUACAAAGAGAAUAAAAUACCUAGGAAUACAGCUAAUAAGAGAUGUGAAGGACCUCUUCAAGGAGAACUACAAACCACUUGCUCAAGGAAAUAAGAGAGGACACAAAUGAAAAAGCAUUCCAUUCUCGUGGAUAGGAAGAAUCAAUAUCAUGAAAAUGGCCAUACUACCCGAAGUAAUUUAUAGGUUCAUUGCUGUUCCCAUGAAACUACCAUUGACAUUCUUCACAGAAUUAGAAAAAAACUACUUUAAAAUUCAAAUGGAACCAAAAAAGAGCCCGUAUAACCAAGACAACAAUAAGCAAAAAGAACAAAGCUGGAAGCAUCACACUACCCAACUUCAAAGUAUACUGCAAAGCUACAGUAGCCAAAAUGGCAUGGUACUGGUACAAAAACAGACACAUAGACCAAUGGAACAGAAUAGAGAACAGAGAAAGAAGACCACACAUCUACAGCCAUCUGAUCAUCGAUAAACCUGACAAAAACAAGCAAUGGGGAAAAGAUUCCCUAUUUAAUAAAUGGUGCUGGGAAAACUGGCUAGCCAUAUGCAGAAAAUUGAAACUGACCCCUUCCUUACACCUUAUACAAAAAUUAACUCAAGAUUAAAGACUUAAUGUAAAACCUAAAACUAUAAUGACCCUAGAAGAAAAUCCGGUUAAUACCAUUCAAGACAUAGGCACAAGCAAAGAUUUCAUGACAAAAACAUCAAAAGCAAUUGCAACAAAAGCAAAAAUUACAAAUGGGAUCUAAUUAAAGAGCUCCUGCACAGCAAAGGAAACUAUCAUUAGAGUGAACAGGCAACCUACAGAAUGGGAGAAAAUGUUUGCAAUCUAUCCAUCUGACAAAGGUCUAAUAUCCAGAACCUACAAGGAACUUAAAACAAAUUUGCAAGGAAAAAAACAACCCCAUCAAAAAGUGGACAAAGGACAUGAACAGACACUUCUCAAAAGAAGACAUUUAUGUGGCCAACAAACAUAUAAAAAAAAGCUCAACAUUACUGAUCAUUAGAGAAAUGCAAAUGAAAACCACAAUGAGGUACCAUCUCAUGUCGGUCAGAAUGGUGAUUAUUAAAAAGUCAAAAAACAACAGAUGCUGGCGAGGCUGUGGAGAAGUAGGAACACUUUUACAUUGUUGGUGGAAAUAUAAAUUAGUUCAACCAUUGUGGAAGCGUGUGUGGCUAUUCCUCAAAGAUCUAGAACUAGAAAUACUAUUUGUCCCAGCAAUCCCAUUACUGGGUAUAUGCCCAAAGGAAUAUAAACCAUUUUAUUAUAGAUACAUGCACAUUUUUGUUCAUUGCAGCACUCUUCACAAUAGCAAAGACACAAUAGCAAAUGCCCAUCAAAGAUAGACUGGAUAAAGAAAAUGUGGUACACAUACACCAUGGAAUACUGUGCAGUGCAGCCAUUACAGCUUUUGGUGAUACAGUGAAUCAGAUUUUUUAUCAAUUCUUUUAAUUGGUUAUUACUGAACAUGAAAAAGUAAUCGUUAUAUUGAAAUCUUGAGUCUGGCCAUGUUUUUAUCUUAAAUUCAUAAAGAAUUCUAACAGAAGAGGAAUUCAAAGAAUGUCAUAAAUGGAUGUUUCUCCAUGGAUGAAGGAACUAUUUUAUUCACUUGCUGAUAAUUCAGCCUAAUCCAGUUUGGCAUCAUAUAGAUAAGUAGUUGAAUUAUGGAUUUAAAAUACAUAUCAUUUUCUAACUCCAAAGGUCAUACUUAUUUAGAUGGUUUUGAAAAUAUAGAAAGGCACAAUUUUUUAAAAAAUCUGUUAUUCACCACCACCACUCAAUCUAUCAUCUGUCUCUCCAUUCAUUCUUCCAUUUGUUUAUAUCUGUUAAUUUUUGUAUGUGUUCAUGUAUAACUUUUACAUGAUUGGAAUCAUAAUGCGUAUUCCAUUUUGAAGUCUGCUUUUUUUUUACACAAAAAUAUGUUGUGAAUAUUUUCCUAUAUUAUGAAAUAUCAUUAGCUGAGCUUUUAGAAUUGACUGCAUGUUUUGGUACCAUUUAGAUGUGGUUUAAGAUACUUAGAAGUUAUGUGUCUUUGCCACUGUGGAUGAAUCUUCUUUACUCAAUAUUAAUUACUUACAAAUAACCUCACCUAAACACUACUCAGCCAUAAAAAGGAAUGAAUUAAUGACAUUCACAGCAACCUGGAGACUAUUACUCUAAAGGAAGUAACUCAGGAAUGGAAAACCAAACAUUGUGUGUUCUCACUCAUAAGUGGGAGAUAAGCUAUGAGGAUGCAAAGGCAUAAGAAGGAUACAAUGGACUUUGGGGACUCAGGGGAAAGGGUGGGAGGGGGGUGAAGGAUAAAAGAAUACAAAUUGGGUUCAGUGUAUACUGCUCAGGUGAUGGGUGCACCAGAAUCUCACAAAUAAGCACUUAAUUACUUACGCAUGUAACCAAAUACCACCUGUUCCCCAAAAACCUAUGGAAAUUUUUUUUUUCUUUUUUAAAAGGAAUGAGAUCAUGUCCUUUGCAGGGACAUGGUUGAAUCUGGAAGCCAUUAUCCUCAGCAAACUGUUAACAGAGGAGCAGGAAACAAACACCACAUGUUCUCACUUUUAAGUGGAAGCUGAACAAUGAGAACACACGGACACAGGGAUGAGAUCAACACACACUGGGGCCUGAUGCAGGGGCCGUAGGAGGGAGAGCAUCAGGAUAACUAGCUAAUGCAUGUGGGGCUUAAUACCUAGGUGAUGGGUUGAUAGGUGCAGCAAACCACCAUGGGACAUGUUUACCUAUGUAACAAACCCACACAUCCUGCGCUUGUAUCCAGAACUUAAAAUAUUUUAAAAAUCUUUAGAGAAUACAAAAAAAAAAAAAAGAUUCUUCAAUGCAUACACAAUAAAAUUGCAGUUCAGUCAAACACUGGAAGUCUUUCUCUGUCUAGGUGGUAUCUUCAUUUUCAGCUUCUUCAAGCUCCCACUCCAAACACUGUUAGCUCAGCCAAAUUGAACAGCUCAUAUCUCCUACCUCUGGAUCUUUGGUUCUGGUGAUUGUAUAUUUCUGGACCAUCUGGAACCCCAGCAUAUCACCCUACCCCACAUCUCCACAUCCCCAAAAUAUAACCAUACUUCAAGGGCAGUUCAAAUACUGUCUCCUUCUGUCCUCCAUGAAGUCAGUUAUCUCUUCCAUUGGAAUUAUCACCCCCUCUCCUGAACAGUACUAUUUCGUGUGAAUCUCCUCCAAGCCUUCUUUUCGUUUUAUGUCUCAUGCUGUAAUUCUUGGAGAGUGUGCUGUAGCUCAAGUGCAGAAUUCUCAUCAGUUUUAUCUUUAUCUCUCUCCUAAACACUUUACCUGAUGAAGAGCCUGGCAUACACAUAAAUAUAUAUUGAAUGAAUCAGUGAUGGAAUGAAAAGAGAAAUGAUGGAUCUACUAAAUUUUAACUUUUAUAAAAUAUUUUGAUAUAUUCAUGACCUUACUUUAGCAAGCAAUGUACUGAACAUGAUGUAAACUAUUGUUGAUAUAGUUUUUAUAUUGGAAGCGUAAGUAGUUUGUGGCAUGGGAUUGUGACAUAUCCUAGGUUUCCUCGUCUUCUUUUUAUUGAAAUGUAAUUCACAAGCCAUAAAAUUUGCCCCUUUAAAGUAAAUGAUGCAGUGGAUUUUAGUAUAUUUAGAGUUGUGCAAUCAUCACCAUUAUCUAAUUCCAGAACAUUUCCAUCUACCUAGAAAGAAACUCCAUACCAGUGAGCUGCCACUCUAAUCCUCCUCUUCCCCCAGCCUCUAGAAACAAAUAAUCCAUUUUCUGUCUCUACGAUUUGCCUAUUCUGGAUAUUUUAUAAAAAUAAACAUGUGGCCUUUCGUGUCUGA